CCUUAGCUCAUAAAAAUUCUCAACAGGAAACUCUUAAGGACGAUUGAAAACAGGUCAGACUAAACGGAAGUAUACAUUCUUCCUUGUUUACGUGCAAAAAGGCAGGACUUAUGAGUAAAAGAACUUAAGUUAGGGCAUAUGGUAUUUUAAUGCUAAAGGAAAAAAUGGGAAAUAAUUAACCUUAUUAGCCAUCCUUUCGUGUGGUAAAGAUGCUUUCUAAGUUCAAAAUACCAAGAACAGCUCAACAUUUUCUAGAAUGUCAAUCUGAAGAAUGCAAAAGUAAUUGUGAAUAUUACUGUAACACUUGUCAUCUACCGUUAUGUAAGCAAUGCAGAGAUCUUCAUCUAAUGGUUCAAGAAAAUAAGAACCACACUGUUGUCCUUUAUCAAGAACGCACACGACAACUUCUUUUCGAGAAAUGCAAGAUUCACCCAACCAAGGAAACUGAUAUGUUAUGUGAUGAAUGCCAAGUUUCGUUAUGCUCCAAAUGUGCCACAUCCCAAGAGCACAAAGGUCACAGCUUCACUGACCUUGAGAAAAUUCAUGCUGAAAAGUUGGCACAAUGGCAAAGGGAAAUCGACAAAAUCCACGAGUACUAUAUCCCAACGUCACAAUUUUUGCAAAAUGAAAUAAAAGACGAUGCAAAGAACAUAAAGAAGAUAAUUGAUAACAUAAGAGAAUCAUUAAUUGAAGAUGCUGAUUUACUCAGGAGCUUUGUAGAAACAAUUGUUACUAGGAAAAUGAAGCAGAUAGACCAGAUCGAAAGCUCAUUGUUAAAAGAUAUAGAAAUCCAGGAAGGUACAUUCAGUGAGUACAUCACUUAUCUCAAUGACAUUGUCAAAGAAUUCCAUUGGUACUUAACGAAUAGAAAAGCAUUGUCAGAGGUCAUGACAAUUCAACCGAUUCCAUGCAUAACAAAACCAGACACACCAGCAUAUAUUGCUCGGAAAUGCAAGAUUGAAGAUGUUGCAAAAUUACUUGGUGAAAUAAGCUUUUAUGAAAAACGAACAGAAAGUAGAAAAUUAAAGCCAAUGAAAAUGAUAUCUCAAGCAGAGAAAAUCAAAGAAGAAUGCCUAAAGAAUAAUGAACAAGUACAGGGGAAACAAAUAAUAUCUUUAUCACCCUCCAUCGCCAAAAUAAGGAAGUUCAACAUACAUGGUGCUUAUGGUGCUCUUCACCUUUCAAUGAGUAAAGGAGACCGAUUCUGGGUCAGUGACUGGGAUGGAAACCUUGUCCAAAUUGAUCUACAAGGAGGGCAUCAGCUGGAGAAGAUAAAAACAAGUCCUAGAUCUGAAGGCUAUCACACAACGACUAUAAAUGGAGAUUUAAUCUUCACAGACAUAAGUAAGAAGGUCAUUAGAAGAAUGACACUUAACAACAAAAGCACCUCAUUUAUUAAAACAGGAGAAUGGAAACCAGUCAGUCUAUACUCCUCCAACUCCAACGGGGAUAUACUGGUGGGAAUGGUUAAAGAUAAAGAGGCAAGAAUCACCAGGUAUGACAAGACAGGAAAAGAGAUACAAAAUAUACAGUGGGACAACAAAGCAGAGGAACUGUAUAGUGCUCCAUACUAUAUCACAGAAAACUUGAACGGAGAUGUUUGUACUUCAGACUUUAGCAAACAAGAGGUGAUGGUUGUGGAUAGAAAAGGUCAGUAUAGAUUCUCUUACAAAGGUAGUCAAGAAUCGGCGUUCUUCCCAAAAGGAAUCUGCACGGAUAUCCUCCUCCACAUUCUGGUGUGUGACUAUUACAGUGAUUCUGUGCACCUCAUUGAUCAGAACGGUCAGUUUUUGUCUUUGCUUAUCACGAGACGAGAUGGAUUGAAGUCCCCGUGCAGUUUGUGUGUGGAUGAUGAAAAUAACCUUUAUGUUGGAAAGCUCACUAAAGGCAUAACAGUGUACAAGUAUCUUCAGUGAUAUUUUUUCUGACCAGCUAUAUAAUAGUUACUUUAUUGAGAGUCUACCCAUUGGGAUGAUAUCAGAUGUGAAUAACUUAUGAAUAAUUAUCUAUUAAACUUUAAUAAAGAUAUGCUGCAACAUUCGAAUCUGCACUGCGGUGUCACAAGAGGCAUUUCCACAAGGACAAAUAUUUCUAUCAUUAAAACUUAUGCUAUAAAAAAAUAACUUAAUCGACUAUCCAUUAGCAUUUUCUAUUAAAACAACCAGAAAGACUUCUAUUUUCAAGCUUUUCUUUUGUAAAAUAUCAAGUGAAUGUGGGUUGAGGCAGCGCUGCAUUAGGAAUAAGUUUUUGCAUUAAAACAGUGCAAUAAUCCAAAUUUUUUUUCCACCCAGGGUUGUCGUAAGAACUGCAAAAACUGCAUAUUUAAUCCGUUGAAAAAUCUGUAAGUGGAGAUAUUUUAUUUGAAGAAUGUCCAAAUGCAUUCUUUAUAAAAGUAACCAUCGUGGCAUUUACGAUGACAAAAAAUCUGCUGAAAGUUACUUCCCUUUUAUGGAUCUUGACAAGGAGCACAAAGUGGCUGUGACCGUUUGACAAAGGAUACUCAUUCCUUCAUGGCACCUGUUCCCACAUCUGAUGUUUUCAGGGGCCCGUCUUUGCUUUGCUUCCGGUUUGUAUUGUUGACCGGUCGGCAGGGGAUGCUCACUCCUCUAUGGUACAUGAUCCCACCUCUGAUGUUCUGGAGGCCUGUGUUUGCUUUGUUCGUAUUUUGUAUUGUUUUAUGGACUUUUGAUAUGGAACACUGUUCGUUAUCUCCGUAUCUUUCAUUCAGUGAACUUAUUAGCUAACUUAUUAGCUUGAUUACUGUAGGUUAUUUCCAUAUUGAAUAAGUAUCAUCGCAAUUACUCCAUUUGGUAAUGUUCUGAAUAAAAGACUGACAAAGGACACCUAAACUCUAUAUGCUCUGUUUGAAAUUUUUAAUUAUUAUUAUAAAGAUAUUUAUAUGAUAAAUAAUUGAUGUUGAGAGAAAGGAACAACAGAAAAUAAAUAUUUAUGGAACAAGCAAAGUUCAUGUGUGAAAAAUCUUUAAAAAUAGGUCAUUGUGGUGCGUUGAAGCUAAUAAGCGCGAAAUCCAUGAAAUACUGAAUAAUAUUAAUAAUGUAACCAAUAUUGUAAAAUAUAUAUUUGGUGAACAUUAAUUUGAAAUAUGAUAUCCAGUCCUUUAUCAAAUAACCACAUUUUGAUCACGAAAUCUGUAAAAAUUUACAGUAUAAAUAUGAUUAAAGCAAGAGUUCGGAAAACUAUGUUAAGGAAUCCCUUCAUCAUGCUCAAAUUAUUGUUUUUCAUUCUAUUUAUCUGUGUUGCUAAUGGUAACGAGUCUUGUGACCGGAAGGAGAUGGAGGACACAAUAUGCAGCCUCUGUGGACAAAGAAAGGGAAAUCAGCCGAAUAUAUCUGGUAAACAAGUUGCGUUCCACGCCUAUAUGUCCAGUAAUGUUCAGAUCAAAACGUUAUCCAAACACAAAAUAUUUGUUUAUGAUCGUGUUGAGACAAAUGUCGGAAACGGAUAUGACGUCAAAUCUGGAAAGUUCACAGCUCCAGAAAGCGGGGUUUACGUCAUACACACAACUACUGUUGCCGUCGAUAGAUCUGCUUGCACUAUCGAAAUAGUGAAAAAUGGCGUAAUUAAGGACAUUGGAUUCGCUGACGCCUAUGAUCACAAUGACAGGGCCUCCUCCUCGACAUUAACUAUUUUGAAUCUGAAGAAGGGAGAUGUUGUAAAUGCUAGAGCCGGCUCAUAUGGAGGGAAGUAUUUAGAGAGUCAAACUUCAGCACGAAUGAGUUUCUCUGGAUUCAAACUAGCAUGAAAAAAAAAAUGAAAUAAAUUUAUGUAUUUGAAUCAUUCGUUACAGUUCUUUACUAUAGGAUAAAACAUUCUUUUCUUCCAGAAUUUAUCGAUGUGUAAACGCAUGCCUAGCCUUUGUACACAAAAGCUGAAAGUCUGUGUGCAAAGGCAUGAGUUUAAACAUUCAUACAUGUAAAUUCUUUUUUUGUUAAAUUAAUUCAUAUACUUCCAACAGGAACGUGUUAGGUCGCGAUGUAUUUUAAAUGUAACUUAACCAUGAUGAAUGUCGAUAAAGUUAAAAACAAUCAAUAAAGUAAACUUAUAAAAACUCCUCUUGUAUAUACUGUUUAAGUCAAGACAUUUCGAUAUUAUAUGUAUACUUUAGA